AUGUCCACAAGUAAAAGACCAUAUAAAAUAUUAUUAAGAAAAGUUGAGUCUAAAGAAGAGAAUAAAAAAGACACUAAUGAAACGAAGAAAAAAGAAGAAGAAUCAAAACAUUAUGAAGAUAGGCAUUAUAGAAAAAAUGAUAUCAAACAUUAUGAAGAAAAUGAAAAAACGAUAAAAAGUAAAAUGCAUUAUAAUUCAAGGAAUAGGUAUUAUGAUAAAUAUUCUAUGUCGUAUUCUAGAUAUGAUGAAAAAUUAAACAAACAACAUUCAUCCGAAAAAAAAAAAGAUGUAUUAGUACCUUUAUUAGAACAAGCAAGUAUAAAUAUAAAAAAAAAAAAAAUCAUUAUAAGAAAGUUACCUCCAACAUUAACUGAAGAAAACUUUUUUGAUUCAUUUUCAAAUAAUAUAAAAGAUGAAUUAGAUUAUUAUUAUUUUGUAAAUGGAAGUGCAUCAAAAGAUUCUUCCAAUGAUAUUAUUUAUUCACGUAUGUAUUUAUCUUUUAAAGAUGAUAUGAAAACAGAUGAGUUUAUAAGAACUCAAAAUGGGAAAUUUUUUUAUGAUUUAAAUGGAGUAAAAUAUAAAGCUCUUGUAUCAUAUGCACCAAAUCAAACAUUAAUAAAAAAGAAUAAACCUGAUAGUAGAAAUAAUACCUUAGAAUCAGAUGAAUAUUUUUUAAAAUGUUGUGAAGAAAUGAAUAAUCCUGUUCAACGAGUUAAAAAAGAUAUAGAUUAUUCUGAACUUAUUAAUGUACAGACCGAAAAUGGUGCUAUAUUAUCACCUAUUGUUAUAGAAUUAAGAAGUAAGAAAAAAAAAUAA